AUGGGCCUCAAUGAAAUGGCCUGGAUCAAGUCACAUGCACGUCCUCGAAUGAAUUAUUACCGGUCGAGCCAGAACCGAGAGCUUCCUACAGAUGGCGUUACGCUUUUGGAGAAAUUCGUGGAUGUAUCACCUUACCUCAUCCCCGACUCAAACGACAAAUCAUCAACUUCCAACGUUCUAUGGCAUCCAGAUCUCCACCUGGAUAAUAUUUUUGUGGAUCCAAAAACAUGCCAAAUCACGCGAGUCGUGGACUGGCAGUCAGCAUGCGUUGCGCCACUCUUCUACCAAUCUGCUGUUCCUAGAUUGUGUAGACAUCCUCGACCUGUUAGGGAAGGCUGGGUCAUCCCUGAACGACCCAGGGAUUUUGAGAGCCUCAGCCAAGAUGAACAGAAGAAAAUCGAUCACGAUUUAGAAAGCGAAACGAUCCACAAAUACUACGAGGCGCAGGUGUUUAAACGUGCGCCGCUGCACUGGGAUGUGCUCCGGCAACCAGCAAUUCCUAUUAUCCGCAAACCAGCUUGGCUUGUUAGUGGGGUAUGGGAAAACCGUGAUCUAUUUUUUCUCCGCGAAGCGCUAUUGAACAUAACCGCGCAUUGGAACCGUUUUUUUCCAAACACCCCUUGCCCGAUCUCCUUCGAUGACGAGGAAAUUAAUUUCCAUCUCAAAGAAGAGGAAAACAUAAAUGGAGUUGGACAGAUGUUGUUGUUGUUCCGAGAGCAAGCUAUUCUCCCUGUGGAUGGGAUGGUUGAAACGGAAGACUACGACGUCGCUCGCGAGAAUAGCCGCAAGUUUAAAGACAUCUUUAUCGGAUUGGCAAAGAACGAAAUGGAAAGGGAGUUGUUCAGAAACCUCUGGCCAUACCAAGAGUCUGGAAGCACUUGA